UAUAUCCUUUGGAGCAUAUUUUCUCUACUGCCCACAUUAGGUUUUUGUCUCGCCUUGAUGGUCUGCGCGUGUCAGCGCCAUCUCGCCAGUACCAAUUUGAUCUACCAUCGCCAUGAAGUUCCUCGAAUACACACCUUUCACAAGGAUAAAUGGAUUUCUAAGCAAUUUGGAUCUUGGGGAUUGUCGUCUCAAAGGGGUUCUUGAAGCUUACUCCUGCAAGCUUGCUGGCACGGACAAGAAGCUCUCUCGCAGCAUAGAGCAAGAAGUUCUUGACUCCCUUGAAAUGUCACCGCAAAACCUUUCCUCCUCGCCUGUUGGCCCCCUCUCUAGCUUGUCGAGUCGGAGGACGCUGAUUCAUCUCAUACUGACGCUGUCUCAUAUGUAUCCAGACUACGAUUUCAGUACUCUGCGUGCGCACCAUUUCUCGAAAGAAAAUCCUCUUGGUGUGAAGGAGAGCAUCGGUUAUCAUCUGUUAGAGGCGACUCGGGUUUGGGCUUCGGAGCUAGGAAAUAGUUCUCUUCUCAUCGAUGCUAUCUGGGAAGUAAUCGACGAGGUGAUAGACAUCAAGGACUGUGACAUAUACAGUUUCUCACCAGAGUUUCAAGUCGGGCCUUUCAACGACGGUGGCAUGAUAUGGUCCUUCAAUUACUUCUUCUACAACAAGAAGCUAAAACGCGUGCUUUACUUCAGCUGCCAAAGCGUGAGCAAACUAGCAGCUGAUGAAAGCCUUGACAAUGAGGCUGACACUGACGAGGACGAUUUCAUUCAAGGAAUGGAAAUCGAGUAAAGUUCCUGCGAUGUAAUAUCUACGCUUAUAAUGUACAGUGUUGUUUGGAUA